CUUUGCGCAACACCUUUACGACUCGAACUCGAAACCUUCAUCCGAGGAAGUCUUGGGCUAAUAACGUCAACCGGUGCUACAUGAAUUCUGGAGGAGGGGCCAUAUGCGCCAUCCCUGAGAUCAAGAAAGCGAUCAUGGACUACCAGGGAAACCCCAACUCCAGCGAUCCCCAAGCGGC